AGGUUGUGAUGGAGGAGGUGUAUGAAGAUCUGCUGUGUCACCUGUGCAGCCACUGACAGAGAGACAGCAGGACGCUUCAGAAAGGCAUAUAAUGGCACAGCUGCUGCUGUGGGAGCAGUAUUUGUCAGCUGACGGGUGACUGGGCUGCUGCUUCUUCAGAUGGACAGCGGCUCACGGAGGUGCAGGGGAAACUGCAGCCUCCCCCAUCAGCUGAAGGCGUCCCCCAACAUGUGACUCCCAUCACAACCUUCCAUAUUUCAGCCCCUCCUUGGCUCGGCCUCCUCCCGCUGCUCAUACAGUAGCUCUGCUGUGCGGACGGAGCAGAGUGGACCCGCCCCCUCCCUCAGGCCCUCUGCCUUUCGGCUGCAGCCUGCUCCGGCGGCGUGUUGGUGUACGAUGGCGUGGCGGGAUGCUAAAGACAGCUGCGGGGGACUGUGAUGUCAGAGCCCAACAGCCCAGGCGAGAGCCCGUUUGGCGCUCCCAGAUUCUUUGUGGGCUGCGAGGACGAUGAGAGCGAGGCCUUGGAGGAGCACAUGAGGACAGACAUGGAGCUGUAUGAGGACGACGAAGACUCAGACUCGCCCCCGGAGCGACAGAUCGUCAUGGGGAUCUGUUGCAUGAUGAAGAAGUCCAAGUCCAAGCCGAUGACUCAGAUCCUGGAAAGGCUCUGCAAGUUUGAGUACAUCACCGUGGUCAUCUUUCCAGAGGACGUCAUUCUGAACGAGCCCGUGGACAGAUGGCCUUUGUGCGACUGCCUCAUCUCCUUCCACUCCAAGGGAUUCCCGCUGGAUAAGGCAGUGAGCUACGCCAAACUGAGAAACCCUCUGCUCAUCAACGACCUCAACAUGCAGUACUACAUCCAGGACAGGAGGGAGGUGUAUCGCAUUCUCCAGGAGGAGGGCAUUGAACUUCCCCGCUAUGCUGUGCUGAACCGUGACCCGGACAAACCAGAGGAGUGCAACCUGGUGGAAGGAGAGGACCACGUGGAAGUGAACGGAGAAAUAUUCCAGAAGCCUUUUGUGGAGAAGCCUGUGUGUGCUGAGGACCACAACGUCUACAUCUACUACCCAACGUCUGCAGGGGGGGGCAGCCAGCGGCUCUUCAGGAAGAUCGGCAGCCGCAGCAGCGUUUACUCUCCAGAGAGCAGCGUGAGAAAGACGGGCUCCUACAUCUACGAAGAAUUCAUGCCCACCGACGGCACCGAUGUGAAGGUUUAUACAGUGGGGCCGGACUACGCUCACGCCGAGGCCCGGAAGUCUCCUGCUUUGGACGGGAAGGUGGAGCGGGACAGUGAGGGCAAGGAGGUCCGUUACCCGGUCAUGCUGUCCGCCAUGGAGAAGCUGGUGGCCCGGAAGGUGUGCCUGGCCUUUAAGCAAACCGUGUGCGGCUUCGACCUCCUCCGGGCUAACGGACACUCGUACGUGUGCGACGUGAACGGUUUCAGCUUCGUGAAGAACUCCAUGAAGUACUACGACGACUGUGCCAAGAUCUUGGGAAACAUUGUGAUGCGCGAGCUGGCUCCUCAGUUUCAUAUCCCCUGGUCCAUCCCGACCGAGGCAGAAGACAUCCCCAUCGUUCCCACAACUUCAGGGACCAUGAUGGAGCUGCGCUGCGUCAUCGCCGUCAUCCGACAUGGAGACAGAACCCCCAAGCAGAAGAUGAAGAUGGAAGUCCGCAACCCCAUGUUCUUCGACCUCUUCGACAAGUACGGAGGAUACAAGUCUGGGAAGUUAAAGCUGAAAAAGCCGAAGCAGCUGCAGGAAGUGCUGGACAUCACCCGCCAGCUGCUGGCAGAACUCGGCCAAGACAACGACUGCGAGAUUGAAGAGAAAAAGUCCAAACUGGAGCAGCUGAAGACAGUUCUGGAAAUGUACGGCCACUUCUCAGGGAUCAACAGGAAGGUGCAGCUGACCUACCUCCCCCACGGGCAGCCCAAGACCUCCAGUGAAGAAGAAGACUUUCGGAAGGAAGGUCCAUCUCUGCUGCUGGUCCUGAAGUGGGGGGGUGAGCUGACCCCUGCCGGCAGAGUCCAGGCGGAGGAGCUGGGCCGAGCCUUCCGCUGCAUGUAUCCUGGAGGACAAGGAGACUAUGCUGGUUUUCCGGGCUGUGGUCUGCUGCGGUUGCACAGCACCUACAGACACGACCUGAAGAUCUACGCGUCUGACGAAGGCCGCGUACAGAUGACGGCGGCCGCCUUCGCAAAGGGCCUGCUGGCUCUGGAGGGGGAGCUGACUCCCAUCCUGGUGCAGAUGGUGAAGAGCGCCAACAUGAACGGGCUGCUGGACAACGACAGCGACUCUCUGAGCAGCUGCCAGCACCGGGUCAAGGCCCGGCUGCACGAGAUCCUGCAGAGCGACCGGGAGUUCACGGAGGAUGACUUUGAGCGGCUGGCCCCGACCUGCAGCGCCUCGUUGGUGAAUUCCAUGAAGAUCGUGAAGAACCCGGUGGACACGUGCGACCAGGUGUACGCGCUGAUCCAGAGCCUCACUUCGCAGAUCCGCUGGAGGAUGGAGGAUCCCAAAUCUGCCGAGGUUCUCCAGCCUUUGAACUGUCCCAGAGUUGAAGUAGAACUACCCAUCAAGUUUGUUUCAGACCUGCAGCUUUACCACAGUGAGACCCUGGAGCUGAUGCUGCAGCGCUGGUCCAAACUGGAGAGGGACUUCCGCAUGAAGAACGGCCGCUACGACAUCAGCAAGAUCCCCGACAUUUACGACUGCGUGAAGUACGACGUGAUCCACAACGCCACGCUGGGGCUGCAGGACACGCUGGAGCUGUUCAGGCUGUCCCGGGCUUUGGCCGACAUCGUCAUCCCACAGGAAUAUGGCAUAAAUAGAGUGGAGAAGUUGGACAUCGCAUACGCCUACUGUCUCCCACUGGUCAGAAAAAUCCAGCUUGACCUGCAGAGGACCCACGGAGACGAGGCGGUCAACAAACUGCAUCCCCUGUACUCUCGUGGCGUGAUGUCCCCUGGUCGCCACGUCCGGACUCGUUUGUACUUCACCAGUGAGAGCCAUGUCCACUCGCUGCUCAGCAUCUUCAGAUACGGAGGCCUGCUGGACGAGGAGAAGGACCAGCAGUGGAAGAGAGCCAUGGACUACCUGGGAGCCGUCUCUGAACUCAACUACAUGACACAGAUCGUCAUCAUGCUCUAUGAGGACAACAACAAGGAUAUCUCCUCGGAGGAGCGCUUUCACGUGGAGCUCCACUUCAGCCCUGGAGUGAAGGGGGUGGAGGAGGAGGAGCACGCACCGACCGGGUUUGGUUUUAGACCCGCUUCUGCAGAUGUGGCCCGACAGAACGGACAGAAGCAGCCGGACCCCGGCAGCUUGGAGGACCUUUCCCGAGACGAGACAGACCGAGCCGUGCCACUGUCCGAACCGGUCACUAUUCCCAGGAAGUCUCCGCUUAUUCGCAACCAUAAGACGGGUUCCAUGGAGGUCCUGUCAGAGACAUCGUCCUCUAAAGUGGGCAGCUAUCGCCUCUUUUCGCUCUGCUCACGGCAGUCCCCUGAGAUGAAACAGAGUGGAUUAGGCUCUCAGUGUGCCGGCCUCUUCAGUACCACUGUCCUGGGGGGCUCAUCUAGCGCACCGAACCUGCAGGACUACGCACGUGUGCACCGAAAAAAGUUUUCCUCCGGCAGUCUUCCCUACAAAGACGAGUUGUUGUCUAUGCCGGCAGUAAAACGGUUUUCUGUGUCAAUUGCAAAGCAUCCGACUAAUGGAACUAAAGAUGACAGCUCCACCCUGGCAGUGCCUCCGCCCCCCUGGGGCUCGGCUGCAGAGCCCCUGGAGCAACACCACGUGGCGCAGUUGUUGAGGUGUUUCUCCACCGACCUCAGCCUGCGUCGCCACUUCUCUCUGGACCAGGCGCUGGCCCACCACCUCCACCAGUGCUCCUACCACCUCCGCAUCUUCAGAAACUGGCUCGUCUCCGGCCAGGACCCCCUAGAGUACCAUCACGGCUUUGAAGGCUGCUUCAUGGUGCCCUCCAUCUACCCUCUGGAGACGCUGCACAACUCCCUGUCGCUGAAGCAGGUCAACGAGUUCCUCACCAGCGUGUGCAAGAGUGCCGGAGACCCCCACAGCAGGACCAGCAGAGCUCUGUCAGCCAUGUUCGACCCCCACAACCAGCCGCUGGUGGACACCUACAUCCCGCAGAGAGUCCUCUCCACCUCCAUCUCCCUCAGAUCUCGUCCUGAAAGACCUCCAUGGUACAGCAGCGGUCCGUCCAGCACCGUGUCCAGCGCCGGGCCCUCCUCUCCCACCACAGCGGACACCUCUCCACGGUUUAGCUUCAGUGAUAAGGUCUCCCUCACCCCUCAGAGCAGUGAGGAGACCCACCCCCCCCAGACCGCUGCCAUCCUGCCGGGUUCUGCGGUUGGGCAAACGGGCCUUGACCCGUCAUGUCCCACUGUCUCCACCCCAAAUCAACUUCCCCUGACUCCCAGUAACUCCCCAGAAGAUGAGGCCAUGUCCCAGGAUGUGAAGGACAAGUACCCUGACCCUCUCGAAGCCCCGCUCCAGGGGCAGGGGGGGGCUUUUGCAGCUGUGGGCCCUCUUGGCGGUCCACUUUUGGAUUCAGCACUGAGGCUCCCCUGCUCUGAGUUAGGAGAGCUCAGUCUGGGGCGGAUGGAGGGCUAUUGCCCCCCCGGGUCUCUGCCGGUACUGCUGGAACUGAGGGAGAGCAGCAGCGAAGCCGGGUCCAGCUCGCAGACCCCCCAGUCCCCUGAGGGGCCCGAUGAAUUCUUCGACACUAAAGAGUCAAUGGACCUGUGGAAGGACAGUCCAGAGGCUCCUCCCCUUCCUGACACGCCCCCAGACGCCGGCCCAAUUAAGACAGUAGAGCCAGAGGACGGGCCCGACCACAAAUGACUGUUACCCCCCCCCCAUGAUGCAGUUACUGAAGUUGGGCACUGGGGGCAGAGAGAAGAACCUCAGACAUAAACUGAGAAAGUCCCCGGCUGGUGCCGGUGUUUUACAGAAGCUAACAGCUUUCACGACAGACAGGAAACGAUUGGUCAGCACUUCUGCGCUGCUUCACCCCCCAGCUCUGAAACCACGCUCAACCAUCCGAUUCUUUGUACUGCAACCCGAAGGUCAAAGCGGUCAGGGCUCUUCUGUUGGAACUUCCCAGGAGAGCACCGUGCUGGAGUUACAUCAAAGAGCUAAUGUAGUUUAUUAAAGAGAAGAUAUUUAUUAUAAAGCUGCUUCUUGAAAGCAUAAGUUUGUUUUUAACACCUACAUUCAGUCUGAUCAUGUCUUUUUGUAAACACACCAAUGCUUUUAUUUUGGCGAGUCUUUCCCAGCAUUUCAAUUUUAUACUUAAGGUUGAAAACAGAGAGAGAGAGAGCUGUCUUUACUUCAUAAAAGAUCCAAAAUGGUUACGGGUGUGAGGAAAGCUGCGUUCAGGUCCUCUGUCCUCGCGCGGCAGAGGCGUCCAGUUCACGUACGCCUGGACAUCGUUUUGGGUGUGGCAGCACGUCGUAGUGUCUCCAGAGUUCUAUUAUGGGAACUUUGGGGAAGAAGACACGUCAUGUCAAUCAAGUGGGCGGAGUCUAAAAUCAAUCAAUAGAUAAUUUAUUGACCCGUGAGGGAAAUAAUCAGGGAAAUUUGUCUUGCUACAACAUAAAGAACACAACAGAAUAAACAUGCACUGUAAGACAACACCCACAAAAAUACCGACCAGAGGCUCUUGCUCUGGACCGUUUACCGUUUGUUCGGCAGUCUGAUGGAACGAGCGAGUUCUAACAUCAGUUGUUUUUGUAUUUGGCUGCUCUGAAGCGUCCUCCGGACGGUAGUAGUUCAAAGUCAGAAAACUGAACAUGAGAUGGAUCACUGAUGAGCUAGACGUGUCACAGAACACUCACACAUCUGCCGCGUGUACCUAUGACCUUCACAGCUGUUUUCGCCAUGUCGCCAAUCCUGUUUUUGUUGUGAGCAAACGGCCAAACCCGACACACAGACCGUAGCGGAUAUACUUUCAAGCACAGAUGAAUGAAAGGUCCACAUUAUUUUGCUACUGACCCCAAAGAGCCUCAGACGUGGGAAAAGGUGCAUCCUUUGGUCCAGACGGGCACAGAGAGUCAGUCAGGUUAGCAGCGUGUCCACAUGUACACCCAGGUAUUUCAAUGAUGGGGGCCGUGUGCUCUCACCUCCCUGGGGGAGAAUCUGACCGUUCUCCUGAACUCGAGGGUAUUUUUUCUUAUUUGUCCAGAGACAAUAAUAAACAGAUCCUCUAACGUU